UUACAUUCUGUAUAAAAGUAAUUUGAUUUUCUAAUGAUAUAUAUUUAAAAACGAAUGUGCAUAUGUACUAGCAUCACUUAAUAAUAAAUUUAGCUGCCAAGGAGACUACGAAAAUAAGAUUGUCUGCAACCAAUGCGUCCGCUGCGUGUGGAAGACGAAACUGAUAAUGAUUAUGAUAAGGAUGAUGAACAGCUCAGCCAGCAUUGUACUAUUGUGCUCCACUCUGUUGAGCCACUAGGACAUCGGGAUUGGGAAUCCAAGUCAAUUAUAUAGACACGACGACAACAUCUACUACAACAACGCCAAAGGCAAAACCAACAACAAACAAGAGCAAAGCUGAGCAAAGCAUUUUUUUUUUUACUUUUGUGCACCUAGAAUUUUGUAAAACAUAGCACUUAAGGCAAAAACUCAAAAUGACGGUGGACUUUAAUGAUUAUUUUUGGGGCGAGAAGAACAAUGGAUACGAUGUGCUGUACCAUAAUAUGAAGUUCGGGCUGGUGGCCAGCAAGGAGCUGUCCGAGUUUUUGCGCGAAAAGUCCAACAUCGAGGAGCAAAACUCGAAAAUGAUGUCCAAGCUGGCCCACAAGGCCAGCACGGGCACAUUGAACAGCACCUUUGCGCCGGUUUGGACCAUAUUGCGUACCUCGGCCGAGAAGCUAUCCACGCUACACAUGCAAAUGGUUCAGAAGUUGACGGAGCUGGUCAAGGAUGUGGCCAAAUAUGCCGAUGAGCUGCACAAGAAACACAAGUGCGUCAAGGAGGAGGAAUCUCAGACGCUCGAGUGCGUUCAGGCCAUACAAACCUCAACGGUUGCUGUGCAAAAGCUUCGGGAUUUAUAUGCUAGCAAGGUGCUUGAGCUAGAGAAGCUGCGCAAGGACAAUGGCUCACACAAGGAUGCCGAGAAACUGGAGAGUAAGCUCAAGAAACUGCAGGAGGACUACAAAGCACUGCUCGACAAGCACAAUCCCAUUAAGAACGAGUUUGAGCGACGCAUGACUCAAACUUGUAAGCGCUUUCAAGAGAUCGAGGAGGUGCAUCUGCGUCAGAUGAAGGAAUUUCUAUCCACGUACUUGGAAAUGCUGCAGAACAAUCACGAUAUGGUCGGACAAGUGCACUCGGACUUUAAGCGCCAGUUUGUCGAUAUGUCCGUUGAUAAACUGCUUGAGCAAUUCGUGUUAAAUAAAUACACGGGCCUCGAAAAGCCUGAAGUGCUCGAUCUGGAGUUUAUACCGCUGUCGAGUGGAUCACGUUUGCAGCAGCCGCAGCAGGCAUCAGCAACGGCAUCAAAUUCCAAUUCAGCUGCCAGUAUACAGGCGGCUUUGCGUUCGGGCAGUGCCGCUGCAGCUGCUUCGGGCAGUCUGGUUUCGAUGGACCAGCGCGGCGGCGGCGGCGGUGGUGGCGGCGACGCAUUGGCUGGCAUCUCGCUGGGCAGCGGCAGCGCGGCCAGCGGCAGCAUACCCUAUGCGGAUGAUGCAAUACUGGGAAGUGCUGGCGGUGGUCCCUCAUCACCACGGCCAACAUCGCCUGAGACAUUGGGCGCACAGCCGCCGCCAGUGAGCUCCGCUACUUCAACGGUUAAGAGUCUGCGCUCCUGGUUUUUACCGACGGCUAGCAAACAGCAGCAGCAGCCGGCGACUGCUAGCUCGGCCGGCUCUGGGAAUUUCGGUAUGCCUGGCAACAGCAACAAUUCCAACAACAACAAUUACAACAACACAAACAUCACAACAGCAACAAGCGCCAACUCGAACACCAACAACACAACAACCGGCACGAUUAAUUUUACCACCAAUGUCACCACCAAAAAUAUCCUUAACUCAGAGCUUCUGGAUACUAGUUCUCAAGAUCAGCAACAACAACAACAGCAGCAGCAGCAGCAGCCGAAUGAGGCCCUAACACCAACUGCUAGUGCAGCUGGCAGAAAGCAAAUGAAUGCAACGACAAGCGAACAACAUUUAUCGAAAUCAUUAAAUGAGCAAGAUCAUCUAAAUCAUCAGCAACAACAACAACAACAACAACAGACUGCAGUGGGCAACAACGGUGCCACAACAACAACAACAGCAACAGCAACAACGUCCAGACGUACAACGUCACUUUUAAAUAUAUUCACAUCAAACUCUCAGGUUUCGGGCAUUUUGCGUAGUAGACGCGACAAGGCGAAAACCAAAAAAUCAAAAAAGAAGAAAGACAACGAGGCUGGCGAUCACAAUAUACAGGAGGAGCGUUUGGCCAGCGCGGACCGUGGUAAUAACACAUUGCUCGACUAUGAUGAUCAUGGGCGCAGCAUGAAGACGCAAAAUUCCAGCGGCAGCAGCGCAGGCGGGGGCUUGGCUGCUUUGUCUGCGACUUCGGCACAGGGCAGCGUUGAUUCGGCGGGCGCCAGCAGCAUGGGCGGCAGCGGAGGCGGAGUGCCCGGUGCCGGUGGCAGCGCUCUGGCCAAUGCCAGCAGCGUAUCCAUCGUGGGCACAGCGACCACAACUGCAGCAGCAGCGUCCGCUGCCGGCGGUCCCAAUGCCAGUAGUGGUGGUUACGAGGUGGAUGAGGAGGGCUUCAGCAUACAGCCAGCUAAGGAAAUUGCCUGGGAGGAGGGCCAUGACAAGUCCGGCAGCUUUUACACCGACUCAGACUCGGAUUCGGAUAACGAUAAGCGACGCAUUCACGUCAAGAUUAAGCCGCUCAACAAUGGACAGGCCCCCAUGUCGGCUAGCGUGGAUGAGCUGAGGGCAACUGUGGAGAAUAUUUCGUUAUCACCCACGGGCGUAUUUGCGCAUCACAGCCAGCAGCUGCAAGGAGGGCCACGCGGCGCGGCUGCAUCGCGACAACAAUCGCCGGAGAUAUCGAAUGCCUCAACGCCCACGGCCAGCGUGCAUCCGUAUGCGCCGCUGCAGAGUCCGACGCUGUCCAACAACAAUGCCAAUAAUCCGAGUCACAAUCGCUAUGCAGAUCUGGGCGAUAUAUUCUCGGAGCUGGGCGAAAUGAGCGUCUCGGCGCCAGCAUCGGCAACGCUGAGCAAACCGCCAGGCCGGCAGAUACCGACACCGACAUCCGCUGGCGGCAGCAGCAUUGCCAUACCACGACCGCCAUCGCGUCGCUCGGAUAUGAUUGCCAUUGGUCCGGCAGCGGCAGCCGCGGCGGCGGCGGCAGCAGCAGCAGCAUCGGCAUCAACAAAUCUCGGCCGUGGACGCAUGAGUCCAGCGCCGGCAAUGAAUCGAGCAGACAGCAUUGGCAGUCUAGAGUUUCGCACCGCCAUUGGGGGCAUGGGCUCAUCGCGUGGUCCGUCGCCGCUGACAAUCGGCAUAUCGGACACAAUACCGCUGGCGGUGGCAUUCCAUGAGAUUAUACACGCCUAUUUCAGAGGCAGCGAUGAGUCGCGCUGUCAGGUGAAGGUGUCCGGUGAUAUGAUGCUAUCAUUCCCAGCCGGCAUUGCCGGCCUGUUAGCCAAUAACCCGAAUCCAGCCAAGCUGGGCUUUCGCAUUAAGCAAGUACAAAAUCUAGAGAGUCUCGUGCCCAAUGGCAAACUGGUGCAAAUAGAUCGCCAACAGUCGAGCGGAUUGAGCACGCUGCUGGAGUUUAAUAUGCCUGCGCUAACUGCAUUGUUUCGCAGGCAGGCAGAGAAUAAUCCGACUGCCUCGUACUUUAAUGUGGACAUACUCAAGUAUCAGGUGCGCACCAAACCAGGCGCCAGCUCGUGUCCCUUCCAGUUAGUCAGCUACUGGAAGUGCGAGCCCAGCUAUACGGCGCUCAAAGUUGACUACAAGUAUAAUAAUCAUGCCAUGGCCAGCGCCUCACCCUUGCUGAAUGUCACACUCUCCGUGCCAGUUAAUGGGUCCGUGCGUAAUGUUCAGUCCAAACCGCAUUCAUCCUGGCUGGGUGAAUCGAAUCGCUUGGUUUGGAACUUUACGGACAUAUCGCAAAAUUCACAGGAUGGCGGCGUGGGCACGCUUCGUGCACGACUCGAACUCAACGAUGGGCCUUCAACUCCAGCCACGAUGGCCACACAGUUUAAUUGCGAGGGUACCACCCUGUCAGGCAUUGAGUUUGAGCUUCAAGGCAGCGGCUAUCGCCUGUCCUUGGUUAAAAGGCGUUUCGUUUCAGGCAAAUACGUCUGCGAGGGCGAUGGCAUACGUAGUGGGGCUACGCCCACGCCGCCCUCAGUUGGCUCAACCAGUCCGUAUUCGGCUAAAUCGAAUUAGUGGCAAUUGGCUCGUGAAAACCCUAGCGAAAUUUGUAUCUAAAACUGAAAAUUGAAAGAUUUUGUAAUACGACAAGACGGGCAUGAGUUUGUGAAGUGGCUGUUAUUCGACUCACCUCUGUUUUGCUACUGUGCAUUUGGGUUUAUCAUUAUGAUGUAUUUUUGUAUCACUUGUACUGUUAAAUCUGUUAGAACUGGAUGGCCCGAUUUUGUAUAGCCGUAACAACUGGAUGUAUUAUUUGUUAUAUUUAUAUACACUAUAUAUAUAUUAUAUGCUUAGAAAUGUAUUUAUUAUGUUAAUUAAACGCGAUGUAAACAAUACUUUGUACGUAGCUAUGUAGAUAUCUAAAAA